GAUUCCUUCACUGAACAAACUCACUGGAUCAGUCAGAGCGGCCGCUGAAUCGUCAUGGUUGCUAAACUGCGAUAUUAAUGCCAACUAAUGUACAGCUGAUUACCUUGCACCUAAUGGAUCUUAAUGAAUGAGUUUAACUGAUAAAACAUUCAAUACUAAAGUACUGGCCUUGUGCGCGACAGGAGCACGUGCUUUCACUUCAAUCAACCUUAACGCUAGUUCUUCACAAGCUACAGAUAAUGCAGCAGCUUGGAACAAGUGACAUCUUAACGAACUGCUCUACCCCAAGCAAGCUUUUAAAAACAGACCAGCUGGCAGGAGUUGGGAGAUGACAAUUGCAGAUGAAGUGGGGAUAGACUGAAAGAUAACUAUUUCCGCUUAUUGGGAUAUUCCCCUCACAGAAGAGUCUGUAUAAAGUCCGACUGCCUGGACAAUGAGCCACACAGCAGCAAGUCCAGCUUGAGUGCUUUACCUCUAACAGACUCUCUGUACAUCCAGCCCAUCUAAUACAACAGAACGGCCAAAAUGACCGCCUCUCGCUUCGUCAUUUUCUCUGCAGUGGUGGUGCUUCUCUGCGCAGUUAGCCUCAGUGAAGGUUUGCGUAUUGGACCACAAAGGUGCUGUUUUACCUUUUCAACCCGUCCUGUGCCAAUCAAAAAAGUGGUUGAGUACAGCAUGACAAGCCAGCAGUGCCCCAAAGAAGCCGUGCUGUUCAAGACUGUGAAGGGUCAUUACGUGUGUGCCAAACCCACUGACUCAUGGGUAAAGGAGAACAUCAAGAUCAUUGACAGCAGGAACGUCGGAAGCCACGGGACCUUGUAAUCAUGUUGACCUG